UGAAGAUGUCAUUAUCAGAAGAAAAUGAUGCUGUAUUCAGAAAAGCUAGUCAGUUUGUAAAAUCUUGCACGAAACAACUACAGAAUAUCCAACAUUCAGAAAACAAUGUGGCAUUAGUUGAAGAAAUGCUGAAUAAAGCACAGCUUCAUCUACGAGAAGUGGAAAAAAGACAAAAAAUAAUGCAAGAAUCAGGAAACAAGGCGGAAGUGAACAGAUUAGAGAACAUAAAGGUCCCCCUCAUUACUCUAAUCGACAAACUCAAACCAAAUGAGGACGAAGCUGAUUAUUUCAGAUCUGUCAAGGCAGAAGAACAAGAUUUGUCGGAGGGGGAAGAGGAGAGUUUAGAUUAUGAAGAUGAAGAAGAUGAAGAAGAAGAUGACGAAGAAGAAGAAGAAGAUGUCGAUGAAGAAGAUGAUGACGAUUAUGAAGAUGAUGUGGAAGAAGAGGAAGAAGAAGAGGAAUACACUGAAGAUGAGGAUACAGAAGAUCUGACAACAAGCACAUUACCUAGCAUUGCUUGCGAGGCUGUUGGAAAUUACACUGCAUUGGAGUCAGGGGAUUUGUCGUUUAAGAAAGGAGACAAGUUCGCAGUGAGAUCUCAGAGAAGAGACGGGUGGUGGGAAGCAGAUAAUCUGGAGAAUGGAGAGUCGGGCAUGAUACCCAGUAACUUCAUGAAGGUGAAGACGUUAGAGGAGUCCAUGAGGGAGAAGAGGAAGCCGAAACAAGUACGGGACAUGUUAAAAAACGUAAAGUUUGAACAGCUCCGAUCUGCAUUGUUACUCAACACUGGUUCUCGACCUUCUACUACUAUGAGGUUUCUUCGAGAUAACUCAACAUAUCUGUUGAGUACAUGGCUUCAUCCCAGACUUUCUGCGACCUGUAUUUCAUAUAAAGAUCUUCACUGGGAUAUGAGGAACAAUAACAUUGUACCUGUGGCUAGUAUUAACAGGAUUAUUACCGUUAACAUGGUCAGAAACUUGCCCCCUCCUAAACCAAAAGCUCUCAUAGUCGCCAGAAGGGUGCACAUGGCAAUAACCACCAAGAUGUCCAGUCAAGAGUCUCUGCUGAGUAACGCUCACACGAUAAACUGUGUGUGGAACGCGGCUGACCCUAACACGUGGAAGUUCGUCAGGAACAGCGGUUGUUGGUUUACUCCUAAAGUUAUCUGUAGGAUCGAGUCCAGUGAUGCUAAUGUCGGACUUCUUAUUGAGGCCUGCUGUGUUUACAAAAACGAGGAAACUUCAGAUCUAGUGGAAGCUUGUGUUGGAUGGACGUUUCUCCCUCUUUUUCAAUCUAACGGUGCUCCUGUUCCCAACAAGACACAGUCUCUGCCGCUGUACGGAGGUUUACCAUUUGAGGCUGGUAUAGAUGUAGACGAAAACUGGCCUCCCCGGCGUACGUUUGGGCGGCCCAGCAAACCUCAGAUAAACAUCAGUGUGUCGUCUAUAUCACGUUUUAAAGAGCAGGAGGUAGCGAGAUUGCCUAGCACCAUCUUAACCAGUACACUCAACAUCAAAACAAUUGGACUAUUCCGGCGAGAAAUUGCAGAGGCCCUCCUCAAAGAAACAGAUUGCAGUCAGAAUGGUGUUCGGUUUAAUCCUACGAUAUCGUUGAUGCUUCAGAUGGCUGACCAGCCUGUUCUAAUGGACUUGUUUAAACGAGUGUUCGCUGAGCGGACAAAAGAGCUGAGAAGAGCAGAUAAGAAUGACCCAAAGUUCAUGAAAAAGCAUCUGGAGGAUGUUCUGAAGUCUACUAUCUGGCCGAUGGUAACAGGGAAUGCUCCACAGCUGGCUCACGAUCCUGUGACACGUGUUCAAAUUAAUGACAGACUAAGUCUAGCGAACGGGGUCGCUGCUCAAGGAGCACUGGCGAUAUUCUCCAAAGAGGGGCCUCAUGUUCCGUUUGACAUUUCCGAACUCAGCUAUGUUCCAAUUUAUCGGCAGUAUUUCUUGAACGUCUGAUGAAUUGUUUGUUUUAGUUAAGAUGAUGAUUAGAUAAUGCGAUAAGAUGUUCGAACUCUUUGAUAUCUUAAGGUUGUUAUUAAUCUUUACUUCCAGAACUACUGACUUCUUUGACUUCGAAUUUAUGUGUGAACUUGUUGAUGUAAGGUUGUAAUCUAUUUUUGCUGCCAGAACUACUAACUUAUUUGACCCUAAAUUCAAACUAUUAAUCGUUACAACUCUUUAUUAUUUCUUGGUGUCACGCGUUAACUGCAGAUUCUAAAGAAUGAAAACGAUGUUCUGUAAAAUUAUUUUUUAUUCGAUAUGAUAGAAAUGAGUAUAAACUGAAUAAGCAUAGUGCUGGAAUACAUAUUAAGUUAGUUUUAGCCUAGUAACGAUUGCACUUAAGCGGUAGUCGGAAAUCAAAAUUAAAAUAGC